UAAAUUACAGGACACCCAGAAAUUUUUGUUGCAGAGUACUUUCGGAUUAUCGGGUUGUCGUUAUAAUAAUAAACUGGGUGAUGGCCAAAUGAUAAUCUGUGAAAAACAAAAAUUAUGUACGGCGGCAUUAAAAAAUUGCCGAAUGUCAGUUAAAGUAAUUAUUGAAUCCA